CACUGAUUGAACGUCUCCCUCCAAAUGCCUGCUCAAAGCUGCACACAACACGAUCGAGGCUCAGAGAUUGCUUCACAGUGAGUUCACACAAUCUUUGUCAAUGGCUGAUCAGUAGUGGCUGGGCCCUCCAGGUGGCGCUCCCAGUUUAGGUGUGCAGGUACCGCCUCUGGGCAAUCAAUUAGCCCUAUAACUAUGCCCUCGCGUCCGCCACCACGGCAGACGCUGACCAUCGCGGACGUCAGGGAGGUUCUGUCAGUUGGUUGUCAGGUUUUGGACGCUUGUCUGAGGGGUGGUGUGCGCUGUGGGGAUAUCACGGAGUUCGUGGGGGAGAGCACUGCUGGCAAGACACAGCUCUGUCUUCAGCUCUUGCUUACUCUACAAUCUCAGUACAGUGGUGGGGCAAAUGCGUUGUACAUACACACAGAAGGCCACUAUCCUGGCAGGAGACUGCAAGAACUUGCGGUGGUCAGGAGGGAUGCGCUGGCCGCAAUAGGAGAACCAGGUUCUAACAACAGCUUUUCAAUCGACCACAUCUUUGUGGAGGCGAUUCAGACCCCGGAUGAGCUCCUAGACUUUCUGAAAGACCGGCUGCCCAGUCUGCUGCACACCUCAACCAAGCCCCUCAAGUUGCUCAUCAUCGACUCAAUUGCUGCCCUGUUUCGGACCGAGUAUGAUAACACUACUGCUGAGCUAGGCCGAAGAACAAAAGUUCUCUUCCAAGUCGCGAGUCAGUUGAAGAAGUUUGCGGAGAGAGAAGGCGCUGCGGUGGUUAUCAUCAAUCAGGUUGUUGAUUUCUUUGAAGCGGCGGAUAAGGAUUUCCAAGGUCAGUCGCAGAUUGGCAACCUUGAAAGCAUGGAAACGUCUGGCCGGAGAGUGGCCCCGGCCCUUGGCUUGGCAUGGUCGAAUUGUAUUUCAACGCGGAUAUUCCUAUCACGAGUAGGUCAAGUAAUGACUCUAGAUACCAAGCGAGAAGGUGAAACGGCAGGCUCAAACAAGGUCGAGGAGCCGAAGUCUGUAGUUCGACGACGAAUGCAGGUGGUCUUUUCGCCCUGCUUACCUCCCCAGUCUCGCAAUUUCGUUGUAACAACACUUGGCCUGCAAGGCCUUAGACCAGCAAGCUGACUCUUCAAAACAUGCAUGCUUUUAACUCUUUCCAAUCUUUUAGACUGAUAAUGAAGAGCGUAAAAGUUUUCAUAGAUGCGGCACGAAGGGCCUAGGUUCCACGUUUUGAUUUGCAGCACCAGUUUAGUCCAUAUACCGGGAGUUUGCAUAGGGGCACUACCGGAAGUCAAGUGUUCAUAGACGUACGUUGUCUCUGAUGACGCAGCACAUCCAUGAUCCCAG